AUGGUUCAAUUCAAUUUCCAAGCGCCUUGGGUGCCAAUACUCAACAAUUGUGUUAGUAAUGAGCUAGCAGCAACUGAUAACAUGCCGCCGUUUACGACUUUCCAGCUAGCAACUAUUGAUUCCAAAACAGGGUAUCCUCUGAAUAGGACUUUGAUAUACCGGGGAUGGCUAUUCAAUAAUAAAUCUUCCAAUGUGAUCACAUUCACCACGGAUAAGCGAAUGGACAAAUAUGAGGAGUUGUUAGAAAAUGACAAAGUUGAAGCGGUGUUUUGGUUCGGUCAUAUUCGGAAACAGAUUAGAUUCAGAGGUAAAGUGAGAAUACUUGACUCUGACCACUAUCCUAGUAUUGAUUUGAAUCAUAUAAAUAGUGGGGAAGUAACGCCGAUCGAAUUGGAUUCUCAUAAGGACGGUGCAGUUCCUCGUGUUCAAAAACAGCCAGUUCAAACCUCGUUGUUGUCGCCAUCACUCACUGAAAGGGAUAACAACAGUAGCAGUAAUCUUCAAGAGGACUUGUUGACGGCAGAUAAUCCAUACGCUCCACCAAGUACAGAAGAAUGGCAACAGGAAUUGGACAGGCAGUGGAAUGCAUUGUCCAAAGCGCUCAAAACGACAUUUAGGAAACCGGAACCCAAAUCGUUAUUGACUGAGGAGAAAGCAAAGUUGAUUAGUAAGAUACAGAGGGGUGUUGAUGGUAAAAAGGAGGAAGAUGGGUAUAAGAAUUUUGCGGUAGGGUCUAUAUUUGUCAAUCAAGUUGAUUAUUAUGAACAGGAUAAGGAUAAGAGGUUUGUUUAUGAGUUGGAUGAGGAAAGUCACACUUGGACUGAAAUGGAGGUUUGUCCGUGA